CGGGACGGGGGCAGGAACCAACAUGGAGCCCUCAAUGGGAUAAGGGUGAAACUGCCGUUGCCGGCCGCUUGUUCUCCCGCCCCAUCAUGUUGGUGCACUUAUUUCGGGUCGCGAUUCGGGGAGGCACUGUCGCAGGCAGGCCUCUACUCCCCCUCCGCUUCCAGACAUCCUUGGCCGUCAGGCACUCUGAUGGCCACCCCAGCUCCUACCUCCUCAGGGCCGUAGCCCAGCUGCGGUCCCAGCUCCGGGCUCGCCUUCCUCGAGCGCCCCCAGGUCCUGACCGCAGCCCCUUUGCCUGGCGCUGGGUUGGCGGAGCCCUCCUGGGCCCCGUGGUGCUGAGUAAGUGCCCCCGCCUCUGCCUUGUGGCGCUGUGUGAGGCAGAAGAGGCCCCUCCUGCCCGCCCCAGACCCCAUGACGUGGAGUCCCGCUUUAACUGGAAGCUCUUCUGGCAGUUUCUGCGCCCCCACCUGCUGAUCCUGGGGACAGCCAUUGUGCUGGCACUGGGCGCGGCACUGGUGAAUGUGCAGAUCCCCCUGCUCCUGGGCCGGCUGGUGGAGAUCGUGGCCAAGUACACAAGGGACCACAUGGGCAACUUCCUGCAUGAGUCCCGGAAUCUCGGCACCCACCUGCUCAUCCUCUAUGGCCUCCAGGGACUGCUAACCUUCGGAUACCUGGUGCUCCUGUCCCGCAUCGGCGAGCGCAUGGCCGUGGACAUGCGGAGGGCCCUCUUCAGCAACCUGCUCCGACAAGACAUUGCUUUCUUUGAUGCUAAAAAGACAGGGCAGCUGGUGAACCGAUUGACAACUGACGUGCAGGAGUUUAAAUCAUCCUUCAAACUUGUCAUCUCCCAGGGGCUGCGAAGCUGCACCCAAGUGGUUGGCUGCUUGGUGUCCCUGUCCAUGCUGUCCACACGCCUCACGCUGCUAAUGAUGGUGGCCAUGCCCGCCCUGAUGGGAGUUGGCACCUUGAUGGGCUCAGCCCUCCGAAAAUUGUCUCGCCAAUGUCAGGAGCAGAUAGCCAGGGCAACGGGUGUAGCUGAUGAGGCCCUGGGUAACGUUCGGACUGUGCGAGCCUUUGCCAUGGAGCAGCGGGAAGAGGAACGCUACGGAGCAGAGCUGGAGGAGUCCCGCUCUAAGGCAGAGGCGCUGGGCAGAGGCAUCGCCCUGUUCCAGGGGCUCUCUAACAUCGCCUUCAACUGCAUGGUCUUGGGCACCCUGUUUAUUGGGGGCUCCCUCGUGGCUGGACAGCAACUGACCGGGGGAGACCUCAUGUCCUUCCUGGUGGCCUCCCAGACAGUGCAGAGGUCCAUGGCCAACCUCUCUGUCCUGUUUGGUCAGGUGGUGCGGGGGCUCAGCGCGGGCGCCCGGGUGUUCGAGUACAUGACUUUGAGCCCAUGCAUCCCGCUGUCCGGGGGCUGCUGGGUCCCCAGGGAGCAGCUGCGAGGGUCCAUCACAUUUCACAACGUCAGCUUCAGUUACCCCUGCCGCCCUGGCUUCCAGGUGCUCAAAGACUUCACCCUCACGCUGCCUCCGGGCAGGAUAGUGGCCCUCGUGGGCCAGUCCGGUGGAGGAAAGACCACUGUGGCUUCCCUGCUCGAGCGCUUCUAUGACCCCACGGCAGGCAUGGUGACACUGGACGGGCGGGACCUGCGUACCCUUGACCCCUCCUGGCUCCGGGGCCAGGUCAUCGGCUUCAUCAGCCAGGAGCCAGUCCUGUUUGGCACGACAAUCAUGGAGAACAUCCGCUUUGGGAAGCUGGGUGCCUCUGAUGAGGAGGUUUAUGCGGCUGCCCGGGAAGCCAACGCCCAUGAGUUCAUCACCAGCUUCCCUGAGGGCUACAACACCGUCGUAGGUGAGCGGGGCGCGACCCUGUCUGGUGGCCAGAAGCAGCGCCUGGCCAUCGCCCGAGCCCUUAUCAAGCAGCCAGCAGUGCUGAUCCUGGACGAGGCCACGAGCGCUCUGGACUCGGAGUCUGAGCGGGUCGUUCAGGAGGCCCUGGACCGAGCCAGCACCGGCCGCACCGUGCUGGUCAUCGCCCACCGGCUCAGCACCGUACGCGGGGCCCACCACAUUGUCGUCAUGGCCCAGGGCCGUGUCUGUGAGGCGGGGUCGCAUGAAGAGCUCCUAAAGAAAGGCGGGCUCUAUGCCGAGCUUAUCAGGAGACAGGCCCUGGAUGCCCCACCUCCGAAGGCACCCAGAGGCCCCAGGAACCGCCACCCCGAGUCCUGAGAGCAGCCCUCUGCAGUCUGGUCACUGCCAAGCAUCAGUGCCCAGGGCUGAGGACUGAGCCCCAGAGGCCUAGCAUGCUGGGCUGUGGGCUGCGCCCCUGCUCACAAUAAAACCAAGACAGGCCCUGGGCUGGGAGUAGGUUGGGGCUGCUCCCAUCUACUCCCCCUCCUCUCCCCAGGCUGCCUCCCUCCUGCCAGAGCCACAAGUCACUGGGCUGCACAGGGGAGGAGGCAGAGUCCCAGGCCCUUGCUCUGUUCUUUCCCUUUACCCAGACCCUCCCUAACCCCUCUCAAAAACUCUGCCAGCCUCCCCCCUACCUGACAGCCUAAAGAUGUCUAGGCCCCAGAGCUAAGGAGACUACAUUCAGGGUCAGGGAGUGGGUGGAGGAUUCACACUGGGGUUCUACCCGACCUGUGCCAAACCUCACUUCCCUGGCUGACUCCCGACACCCCUUUAUCCCACUGCCUCUCUGGGCCCUCAGGGAAGGAGCCCUGCCUUGGGCCAACUCCUCAAACCCACAGUCCCAUCCUCGGAACAGUUUUUCUUCCUUCACACAGUCCUUGUCUCUAGCUUUCACCCUCCCCAUUCAAACAGAACAGAUGCCUGACAGGCCCUCCGGGAAGGGGGGGUGUGCUGUGGUCCAGUCAAGCUGUCUCACCACUGCCCUGGCCCCCACCUUGAGCCUAUCACCUGGUGAGAUUGUAGACAGCCCCCCUCUACUUGAGGAUACCAGCCUGAAGGGGACAGAGCAGGAGCCGACACACCCCAAACUCCAGCUAUGGGGGCAUGUAGUACCAACAGUCACCAGACCGUGAGGGAGGGGUUAAUGCUAACCCCCUUGGGCAAACAAAAUACAAAACCAGUCGGAGGAGGACCAGUCACUGCUAGACCAGGGGAGAUGGGACUGGAGCCACCUGGAAAAAGGACUGGCCAACUGCCAGCGCACCUGAGCCUGUGGCCCUGAAGCUGUGAAUAAGGACCCGGGAGUAGCCUGGUUUCCCACCAGCCCUUGUGGGCGCCCCUCCUGCCUUGAUUCUGCCCAUGUCACCUCCCACCAGACCACCUUCCCCCUUCACAGCCACACCCAGACUGAAGUCCCCACUAAGCCCUGCUCCCUAGGUGGGAAGAGAAGUUGCCUGUACCAGACCUUUAAGGCCGACCAAGCAUAUUGGGUUUAUCCUGUGGCACCUAGGGUGAGGCCAUGGCCCGGGGGCAGCAGCAAUUGCAGGAGGAACAGCGUUCCCUAAGGCUGGAGGGCAGCCUGGAAGAGGCAGCAGUGGCUCCAGUGUGAGUGCAGGAGCUGGGUGAGAGACGCCAUAGCCUCUUCUGGGUGUGAUUUAGGACCAGAAACCACCUAAAAUAUCCCAGGGCCAUAGCACUCUGCUUUGCUGCCCUACUUCCUGAGCAGUGGGUGAGAGGUCGCAUCCCAGGGCAGCUUUGGCCCAGGAAGCAGAGCCUGGGGCUGUCUCUGGGUUGCUUUGCCACUAAACAUCCAGUGAAGCCACAAGCAGGCCUUAAACACCCCACCCCCCCAGUCUACACUCACCUCCCUGGCCCCUCCCUUAAGAGAGGAGAGCCAGCCGGGGUUAGUUCCUGCUCAGGCCUCUGACACCAGAUUCUAGGUCUCUCCUUACCCCUUCCGGGUGGCCUCUCCAAAUCCUGCCCCUGCCAACUACCCCCCCACCCCACCCCCACCAGCUCAACUAGGGAAGUGCCAUCCACGGUGCCUUCAGCUGGAAGGCCAUGAGGUUGGCGCUGUGUAGCCUGAACUUGACCUUGGCGACUUUGGCUCAUCAACAUGAAUCCUGAGCCUGGCCAUGCUUAAUCGUGAAAGCUUGUUUUCAGAGUUUAAAUGGUAAAAUACUUAAAACUCAGCAUGCUGCAGCCUUCGAAGGUGGUCAGCUCUGGGCAAUAAACCAUGUUAUCCACUCA